CUUAUUAAAUAGAAAUAAUGAGUGGAGAUGCUAUUCCACCAUCUGUCGCUAAGAUGGUUUUGUGCAGGUACAAUGCCGAUGGUGUAUGCAUGUACGGAGAAGCCUGUUUUUUCUCUCAUGAUCGAGCCACUUCAAAGUUCCACAAUGUAUGCAACUAUUUUUUCCGGGGCUUCUGCAGAUAUGGCGAAAAAUGCAGGUUUGAUCACGUGAAAGCAUCUCGUUUACAAGUCGAUUCAAAAACUACAAGUGUAACAGAAACUGGUUCAACACCUUGCAAUCAAAAUUCGGAACCAUCCACCCAUCACCUCAACAGUAUGGAACAUAUUAAUAGGCCAAUUGACAGGAUUAGUGAACACUUAGCUACUACGCGGCUUUCUACGAACGCGGCAACUUUGUUAGAUUACGAUUCGAAUACAAAUUGCAUCAGUUCUCCGACCGGCUCUAAAGGACCAAGAGUUUUAGAUACGAGCUGGGCUGAAGCACCAGUUUUCGUUCCUACGAAUCCAUACGUCAGUCCGACUGAUUCAAAUACACAUACUCAAGCUAACAGUUUUGGCUCUUACUCAGACGUAGCCAGAACGCAUUUAGUAGAUCCAGAAUCAGUAACCGGAUUCUCCUUAGUAUAUCCCUUGCAAGAUUAUUCUUACCAAGCUUGUAGUAGUUUAAGUUUACCACCAACACAAUUAAAUGAAAUUUAUGGCAAUCAAAUCAAUCCUCAGGCUAUGCAAAUUCCAGAGGUAUGUCCUAUGUAUGUAAUCGGAUCCUGUCAACUGGGGGACUUGUGUUCGUUUCCUCACUUGGACCAGUGUCCAAUUUGUGCCGCAUACUGUUUAGAACCAAACGAUAAAGAGCAAAGAAGUAAACACGAAAUGGAGUGUUUCAUGGCUGCCAGAGAAGACAUCGAGAUCUCGUUGAAGCAGUCUGAAAACAGAAAGAAAGUGUGUGGAAUAUGUAUGGACGUGGUACUGGACAAAGAACGAAUUGGAGAAAGGAUGUUUGGCAUUCUAUCUGACUGCACUCAUGUCUUCUGUCUCAAGUGUUUAAGAGAGUGGAGAUGUCAGAAGAACUUCGAAAAAGAGGUCAAAAGGUCCUGUCCCGAGUGUCGUGUAGUGUCACACCUGGUGAUUCCCAGCAAAAUGUGGGUGGAUGAGAAGGAGGAAAAAGACAAGCUACUCGAAACCUACAAAGCCACUCUUAGCACGAAGGAUUGCAAGUAUUUCGACAAAGGCAACGGCACUUGUCCCUUCGGAGUGCACUGUUUCUACAAGCAUGCCAACUCCAAGGGCGAACUGGUCCCCAAAGUCAAUCCAAGAGUCCAGAUAAGUUCAUCUGGCGAACGCAGGUUCAUGGGAGCCAAUCGUGUCCUGGACGCUCUAGGCGAGAGGGAGUCUCGAACCGGGGGUGACUUGAUCCGAGGUCUGUUAGAUAUGAACCCCGAGGACUUCUUCGUGGCAGCUGCGAUAUUCGGAUGGGAUGUAGAUUCUGAGUACGAUGACGAAUCUGACAGCAGCGACAGUCGAAGUCUGGUCGAUAUAUUCGACAGCGUGACAGACGAUUCAUUCUCCAGUCCCUGAUCGACCAAUUGUCCGAAUUAUUAUUUCGAAUUUAUUUCACCAAGGACUUCGUCUCUGGAGAUUUUAUUUUGGGUUGGCCAAGUUGUGUCGAUGAAUGUUGUCUAUUAGAACAGGCUGUAGCUGUUGAUUGCAACCAUUUAAACUAUGCUUUUAAUCAAAGUUAAAUUGUUUUUGAUUUGAAAAACUAGAAUAAUAUCUUGCAUUGUAAUCCAUGCUUCUUACCCGGGAAAUUGCGUUUACUUGUAUUGAGGGGGUUGCUUAUAUAUGCGUCAUUAUCUCCAAAAACGCAAUAUUGCUUGUUUAGUUACGCAUCAAUUAGGUUCGAAGU